UCUUGACUUUUUUUCUAGCAUGUAGAAAAAUCUCAUGAGUGAAAGCAAAAUGGUUGUGAGAAAGAAAAAUAAAAGAAGAAAAUGAGAAAGAGCUUGCUUGGGUAAAUGAAAUUCUCAUGAGAAGAACAAAUCCCAUUUCAGAUAUUUACAUUUUCACCUCUUGAGAUCACAAACAUAGAAGAAAAAAAAGAGAGGUUUCUGCGACUUAAAACGACGUCGUUUCGAAGUACUUUGCCUUUGAUUGAUAUAAGCGAUGGCUGAACGCGAAAGAAACCAUUGCAAUGCGACGAGCAUGGUUUGGAAUUAAGAGGUAUCACCUGAAUCUGGAAAGAAGAUUUCCAAACAAUUUAUGAUUCAAGAGUGCUGAUAUGAGACUUGAAUCAGGGACUUGUAACGUGUGCUCAGCUCCUUGUUCAUCUUGCAUGCAUAUUAAUCAAGCUCUUAUGGGGUCAAAGGCAGAAGAAUACUCUGAUGAAAACUGUCACUUAGAGGAGGAUAAUCAGUAUUCUGAAGACAAGGGUGAUGAAUCUUGUGUUAGGGGCAGAGCUUGUGAAAGAUUGAAGCAUUCUGCCAGUGAAACCAGUAACAUGCCCAGUGUUUUGUCCGGUCAAGAUUCUCUAUCUGCAAAUAUUGAGACUAAACAGCCCUUUUCAGAUCAGUGUCAGGACUCUAAGAGUUCAGAAGGUCUUGAUGAUAGCAUAUAUUCUAUCAGUAGAGCCAGUAAUGCUAAUUUAGUGAGUUGUAGUAAUCAAAUAAAUUCAGACAAAAUAAAUUUACCUUGUAGUUCAGCUUCAAUUAGUCCCUCCGAGGCUCAAGGAUCUGGAAUUGGGCAAUCGGUUGACGUGUCUGGUUUGUCUGAGAUUCCCUCCUCUAAAUAUGCAGACGUUCCAGAAAAUUUGUCAGAGUGCUGUAUGGAAAAUGUUGAUUCAUCAUUGACCAAAGAGAGAGAACCUAUUACUGUUUCUGAUGAAAAAUCUCUUCCAGAUAAGAAUGACCUUCUUAGUGGUACUGCCGAAAUGUCAGAAAAAAGUUAUCCAAAGUCAGAAGCAGAUGCUGAAAAUGAUGUUAGUGAUGCUAAAGAUGGGGAUCAUAAAUAUUCAGCCCAUGAUGGACUGCAUGAGAAGGCUGAGGAGCUGGUUAAAUCACUUGGGAUUCCUGUACUUCAACCAGAAGAUGAGAGUGAUGAAUCAGAUGUUGUUGAGCAUGAUGUAAAAGUAUGUGACAUUUGUGGAGAUUCUGGUCGUGACCAUCUACUUGCCAUAUGUAGUAGGUGCAGUGAUGGUGCAGAGCACACCUACUGCAUGCGGGAAAUGCUUGAAAAGGUUCCAGAAGGGGAUUGGUUUUGUGAGGAAUGUCAAAAUGCAGAGGAGACUGCCAACCAAAGAUUGGAUGUUAAAGGAAGUAAAAGUAAUAAAGUUGGUUCCACUUCUCAAAUUGCUGGCAAAAGGCCUUCUGAAGGCAUGGAAGCAGCUCCAGCAGCAAAGAGGCGAGUCCUCGGAUCAAGCAAGGGAUCACCAAAGGCAUCAAGCCCCAGGAUAUUAGUUCCACUGUCUCGGGAGUCUUCAUUCAAGAGCUUAGAUAAUGGAAAGGCGAAACCUGGUCAAUCAAUCCCCAUUCGUAAUCACCUUCGUAGUGAUGACAUAGAACAAACUUGUUCUCUUUCUGCUGCCCCUCGGAGUUAUACUUCAAGGACUAUGGGUACCUUGUUGAAGUCUAGUUCAUUCAACAGCAACAAUUCCAAAUCGAGAGUCAAACACGAUGAUGAUGUUCCUCAAAAGCAGAAAGGGGGUGGUGAACACACUUCAAAGAAUAUGGAAACACCUAGUGCGACAAUAGGAAAAUCAACGUCAUUCAAAUCGUCAAAUUUGGGUCGUGCUGCUGAGUCAAAAGUCAAAAUGCUUUCUUCCAAGUCUGUAACUACUCAGGAUUUGAAAGGAUCAAGACAUGCAAAAGAAUCUGGUGUAUUUGACAGGAGAUCUCUAUCUAGGAUCGAUCGACCUGCCAUUUGUUCAACCAUGGCUAGUUCUAUCGUUUCCUCAUCUAAGGGUGAUCAGAAGCUUACACCUCGUGGUGAAAUUGCUAAACCUUCAGCAAUUAACUGCAAUCGGGAGUUUAAAGGUAACCAAGAUGGAAAGUCAAGUUCACUAUCAAAGCCUGUGACUAAUAUAAGCAACAAAAAUUCGGAACCUAAAGUUAUUUCAGAGAGAACGUCAACCAGUUUGCAUGAAACACAACAGGAUUGGCUCCCUCGACCACGGGAGACUGCAAAUCAGGUUGACAAAACAAAAGACAGUUUUACUCAUCGUGUGAGGUCAAGUACUAAUGCUUCAAAAUGUCCUAUCUGUCAUAAAUGUAAAGAUUUUGGCCAUGCUACAGAAUGUUGCACAAUAGGCAGUACACAGGAAUUUGGUGCUGAAGGAUCAGUCACUGCUGCUAGUAGUUCAAAAGAGAUGCAUAAAGGUAAUAAGUUGAAAUCUGCAAUUCAGGUAGCUUUGCUUAGAAGGCCUGAAAUACACAAGAAGAAAGAUGUACAUGAUCAAACUGAUCAGUUUCCUACACUACCCACAGUCUUGAAGUGUAAACUCAGUUCUCAAGACCAAAUGUUGGUAUCUAAUACACUGAAAAAUUGUAUUUAUGAUGAAGAAACCAAUGCGAGACAGGAAAUCCUUGAGAAUUCGACUACAUCUGAGACGUCCAAAUGUUUGUCUGCCAAUGAUUCAAAGCAACUUAAAAUUGAUUUCUGCUCUCAACUGAAAAAUUCAGAUUCUUUUAGUCCUGGUUCUGAAAAGCCUGCGGCGAGGGACUUGCCCAAUCAUGCUUUGGAAAUCUCAAGGGUUGCUUCAAUAAUGUCAGCCGUUCCAGAAUACAAAUACAUCUGGCAGGGUGUCUUUGAAGUGCAUAGAAGUGGAAAGCCUCAUAACCUUUAUAACGGAAUACAAGCACAUUUAUCCUCAUGCGCUUCCCCCAAGGUUCUUGAUGUAGUGAACAAGUUUUUACCUGAAAUUUCCCUGCAUGAAGUUUCCCGCUUGAGCACAUGGCCUUCGCAUUUUCAUCAAGCUGGUGCUAAAGAAGAUAAUAUUGGUCUUUACUUCUUUGCCAAAGACAUUGAAAGUUACGAGAGACACUACAAGGGUCUAUUGGAUCACAUGAUUAGAAAUGAUUUAGCACUCAAAGGGUUUUUUGAUGGUGUUGAACUUCUCAUAUUCGCUUCCAAUCAGCUUCCUGAAAAUUCUCAACGUUGGAAUAUGUUGUUUUUCUUAUGGGGCAUAUUUAGAGGGAGGAGGGGUAGUCAUUCAGAUUCUGCCAAAAAUAUUGUUUUUCCAAGUUUGAAUGUGAUGCCAAAUGAGAAGGAUUUUCCAACUGCUGUCAUGACCUUGUCUGAUACUCGCUGUUCACCUGUGCGCAUCGAUAAAGAAUUAAUAGCUUGUCGUCAAGCUUGCAGUGAACUUCCAUCCACUUCCAUUGACCAAGGUCAUAUGAUGCUAAGUAGGGACUUUGACAUAAAAGAAACUAUUUUGGACCAGACACAUUUGGGUUCACAAAUAAACCUCGUGAGGCUAGAUAGCAGAAUCAACACCAAAUCUUCGUCAAGGAUUUCCACAAGCAGUAUACAACCAUGUCGAGAAAUGAGUUCCACUGGUUCGUCCCAGAAAGAGAAAGGUAGUUUGUCAGAGCAUAGACCACAUCGAGAGUCUAAAUCUCCUGAAGAGGUGGGAACAAAUGUAAGUGAUACGAUUGUUGAAGCAAAAGCUAAUUAUGGUAUUUCUGUCAAGCAAGAGAACUGCUUGUUUUCAAGGAUUCCUUAUAAUGGCAAUCAAGAGAUAGUCACUGCAAACAAAGCCAGUAAAGAGAAAACAAACAAUGACAAAAAUCAACGAAGGCCUAAAAGGAAACAGAUAGAAGAUGAUCUCAAUAUUAAUGUGGAAGCAACAUUUCAGGGAGACCUGACCAUAGGAGGGAUCAAUUGUCAGCUACCUAAUGUUAAAAAAUUUGAGCAUAACAACCUUUCUGAUACAGUUAUGGGGCCUUCUGCAGUUAGUUGUCAGAAAAUGCCUUGGAAUAAGGUAAAUGGAAAAUUCGAAGAUACCAAAAGUUCUAGCAAGCUGCAGUCAGAUCUCGGUGCAAUUUAUGGAUGUUACGAUUCUGUAGCUAAGGACUCUUUUAAUGGAAGUUCUGCGUCACUUGUAAAUGAUUUUGGUUCCCAUUCUUCAGUUGAGGACAAAGGAAGCAAAGAAGCUUGUGAUGAGAAAAUCAUCCACGAGGACCCUGGAACGAUGGAAAGAACCUUCUUCCCUAUGGAUACACAUAAUACAAAUGACUCGCGAUUGGUGAUGAAUAGUAUGUCACUGAAAGGGCAUCAUGAGUGUGGGGACCAAUUUCAAGUUGGGAUUCCGAGUCUCGAGCUUGCAUUGGGGAGUGAAAUGAAACAGUCACAAAAGGGUAUGCUUCCUUUCUUUCCAGAUUCUUUGGAAGCUGAGAAAGGGGAUGACAGUGUUGCUCUUCCAAUUGCUGACUCUAAAACAAUUUAUCAGUAUCUACUCAACUGUUUUGGGAAGCUUAGAAUCCACCGUGAAUAA